AUGGCUUCCGCCAUUUUCAUUCAAACUUCGUUUCAAUCCAAAUCUUUGAAUACCCAUUUCGUUCCUUCCUUCAGACUCCUCGUUUCCCUCUCUUUCAAACCCCGGACCGCUGCCUUCCCCAAAUGUGUCCAUAUCCGACCCGGUUUGAUCGAGCCGGACGGCGAGAAACUCGUCAACCUCCACGUGACGCAGCUGGAGCGAGAGUUGAAGAAGAGGGAAGCGACUUCGUUGUCCAAGGUGAAGCUUACUCCGAUCGACAUGCAAUGUGUUCACGCUUUGAGUAAAGGUUGGGCUAGCCCGUUAAUCGGGUUCACGAGGGAAACUGAGUUCCUCCAAACUCUUCAUCUUAACUCGCUCCGGCUCGGCGAUGGUUCCUUCGUCAACAUGUCGGUCCCGAUUGCAUUAGCUAUCCACGAUUCGCAAAAGGCGAGUAUCGGUGAGUCCGACAUAGUCGCUCUGCUUGACUCGGAUGAUAAACUCAUUGCCAUCCUAACCAGUAAGUUAUAA